AUUUGUUGUGCUUGGAGGUGUGAGGGUGUGCGGGACUGGGAAGGUUGGUGCUUAAUAUUUGCAGCUCUUCACGUUCUACAACCCGAGGAUUAUUAUUGUCUUCUCGUAAUAUUGCUCAUAUUCCAACGUCCAUCUAUAAGGUAUUACGAGCGGUUGUGACAAGGACUGGAGACGCAAAGGGUCGCCGGCUGGUGUGGGUCUGUGGAGUUGGACUCUUCAGUGAACGACAGACCUUUGUAAACACCAGCCCGCUCGCUGCUGAGUCAGCCCGGAGACUAUACAAGUUGAGGGUUGUGGGGCUGCGAGGAUGGGCGGUUCACCGCCCAUGACGUGACGGGGCGCCUUGCGUGGGCGCCGCCCAUGGCCAUGGACAACGCCCACGGCACCCACGCCCCUCACGACAUCUCCACGCCUACCUCCCGUCCUGAGAACGCCCGUGGGCGUGGCCAUAUACGUUCCCGAAGCAGAGACGCUUCGUCUGAUUCACACCACCACGCCCGCGACGCCUCGCUAGGAGGCACCGCGCGUCGUGUCGGUGGUGGUGGUGGGGGGGAAGAGCCAGGCACUAACUCCCGGGGGUCCUCACCUGCCCGCCCGCACGCCCACUCAGCCACGCCAGCUCACUCAACGCCGCCCACGCUACUCAGGCACGCACAUAACCUGUAA